AUGGAGCAGCAGGAGUUGGUCGAUCCGCCGAGCGUAGUCGAAGCAAUGGCGACACUGGAGCUGAACUCCCCUCGAACAACAGAGUCUUCACCCGGAGAUAUCACUUCGAGCAAUUCGAAUGUCUCCACAGAGCUUUCGCCAAUUGAGGCUUUGAGUCUCAUCUGUCCCAUCUCGGUACUCGCCAUCUGCGCCAGCCCCUUCCAACCAGCUUCGCACGAAAUGCUAUGGAGAACGCAAAUGCAGAUAGCAGCCGGGAGCUACGGCAGAGUUCCUGUUGGACACCUUCUUAAGGAAGAGAUGAAUUCGAAUCUCACGCAUUUUAGUGGCAGGAAAAGUCGAUAUCCUGGAGACAUUGAGCUUGUAGCAUUCAAGUCCCUACGUGAUGUCGACGAGGUCAUCACAGAGAUUGGCGACCACAAAGAGACACCUAGCACCAUCCAUUUCAAGGAUAUUAUUCCUGAACUGACAUUGCUAGCUACUCCCAAGAUCUUGUAUCAUGAAAACAUUGUUGAUUUGCUGGGGUAUGUUUGGGAGCCGUAUGGUGGCGUUGGCCAAGUUCGAUAUGCACCUACUCUUAUUCUCGAGUUUACAGAGCUAGGAUCGCUACGUUUGUUUCUAAAAUCUACGCCUGAUCUUGAUGUAAGCCGCAGAAUACGACUGUGUGCAGAUAUUUGCCAAGCCUUGAUCACUCUACAUCAUGAGAUUGAGGUAAUGGGACAACACGUCGGGGUCUUUCACGGUGACUUGAAACCUGACAACAUUCUGAUUUUCGAGGACAAGGCUGAGGGCUGCUAUAUCGCAAAACUAUGCGAUUUGGGCUCUUGUAUGCGCUAUUCUGUCCAUACGCCACUGGAUGCGAACCAAGUAACACCUGGGACUCAAGGCUGGGGGUCUCCAGAGUCGACUGGGUCUGAAGGUCAAUUGAUUCACCUCUUGUCCUCUGAAAUAUCCUCAUUUGGCUUGCUGGUGGCUUACAUCAUCCUGGGAAUGGAUGCCUACCAAAUCCCUGAAGUGAAGGGAUUCCUCAUGAGCGCUUACCUUUCAUCUGGUGCCAUACAUGGACAUGAUGAGGCCGCGGAAAAGAUGAGGCGAGCUCAACAGUGGAUGAUUAAUACUCAUUUUGAUUUGUUUGUUGGUUCUAUCUUUACAGCCGUGAAGGAUAUGAAGCUUCCAGAAAAAGAGGACGCAAUAGUAAGGUCGGUUUUGCAUCAAACACUGGCCUUUGCGCCGGAGCAACGCGCCCAAACAUUUUCGGACAUCUUCGAUUCCCUGGAUGUUAAAUACACCAAAGGCAAACACAGAACUCCAACAGAGCCGAUCUUGAACACAAUGGACGAUCCAACUUCUCGACUUUCCAUUCACUGGGCACUCGCUUUAGUCACAUCUACAGCAACAAUGGAUCACCACUUCCAUGAAUGGCUAGGCCAGCAUCUGGAAGUAGUAUUCAAUCACCUCAUAAGCAAGAACUCGAUCACUCUAACGAGUAUCAUCUCGCAUGUUGCUCUCUUGAGGGGACUUUUGGCUUUCCUUCCGCCAAACGUAGGUUCAAAAAUGGCUGCGGGAGAAACGUGGCUCAAACAAGCUGCUUCAUAUGGGGAUCCCGAUGUUUCCGUGCUUGCAUACCGACUCCUCGAAGCCCAAGGUUGCAACAACUCGACGGACUUUACCGAUUGCUUGGUACGUGCUGCCAAGGCAGGGUCUAUCUUGGCUCGUGAAAGUGGCUUGGUCACACCAUCUCUGAUAACUGAUAUCGAUGAGAAUGUGUUUCUUGUCAGUGUGCAGGAUUCAUUUCAGGAGAAUGCCAUUUGGCCGAUGCACCUCUUGGCAUUCCUCCGCGAUGAAUGUGAGGUUCAGGGCCUUAUUGAGAUCUUUAUAGGGCAACAAUGGGAUUUGCAGACCCAGACCUGGCUUGGCAUCGAUCAAGUCAAUGGUGGCUAUCUGACAUACUCCAUGACCAUGCCUGGCACAGCCCUCCACUGGGCUGUACAGAUGAACAAUCUCGUUGCUGUAAAAGCCUUGGUAGAGGCCGGUGCUACGCCGUAUACCUUUACAGAGCGCCGUCGAAAUGCAUGGGCUGUGGCUGUUGGUGCUAGGCUUCUGCCCAUCAUCAUUUAUUUCGUCGAGUCCUGCGCGUGCACCGAUGUUGCAGCAAGAAGACACUGGACGGUCGAAGCGUUAUUCUAUGGACUACCGGAGGCCUAUCUCGCAUGCGGAGAAAGAUACGUUGAAGCGUGUUGCAAAACAUUUCGAUAUUUGUUCGGUAAGGGUAUCCUACCUCGUCGGGAAGCAUAUGCUUCAACCGUAUCUCUUGGCUCUGGCGAUGACCGUCUACUAAAGAGAUUGUUGGACGAGGACUACGACGAGAAGCGGGAUCUUGCUAUGGUAAAGAGACUUCUUAUUGAUUCUGUCAUCAACGGUGACAUCGCAGCCGUGCAAAUUCUAUUGGGUUAUUUGCCUCAGUUUGAAACGAGCGAUUACGCGAUACACGCACUGACGUCAGCCAUAACAUCACGAGCAGCUGAAGAAGAUGCUGUCUUUAAACUCCUUCUACAGCACGUCUCCAAAAGUUUCGACAUUAAUGUCCGAUUUACACACCUCCAUGUCAUAACUCACCAGUCGCCUGUCAUCAGUGAUAUAGAAGGACAUACAUUGCUGCACUCCGCCUUCGAUCAUGGGAAGGUCAAUAUGGCAAUCGAACUUCUCGACAAGGGAGCUGACCCAACAAUCCUUAGCGUUGAUAAGAAGGCACCGGAAGAUGGAAUGAAUGCAUUUGGCCGCCUAUUUUUCGCAAACACGCAUCACAACCAUCUAGCGCUGAAAAGAUUUCUACAGUCUGAGUACAUCCGAGAGCAUCCAGAUUUUCUGUUCGAAAAUGCCAUCAUUUUGCCGGCCUCAAAUUGUAAUAUCUUCCAUUUCUUGACCAGCGACGAGUCUUCUCGCGUUUAUGACAGUUUUGUUCACCAAAUAACAGCUCUGAACGAGCUACUGGCUCAAAUGCGGAAAACUCCAUCUUCGAAGACUAGAGUCAAGGAUCUGCUAAACGCCCAAAGAGUAGGAGCGGGUGGGGAGUUAGGCCUUACGCCGCUUCACAGUGCAGCAGUUAGUGGCUUCGCUGAUGCUGUUCGUCUUCUUGUCGCUAAGGGAGCUGAUCCGCUUUUCCGUAUAAUGGCAGAUCCAGAUAACGGCAUUCCCGGUCUUAGUCCGCUGGAUUUAGUAGACACGCGGAGCCUAGUGGCGUGGAAAGAAGACUGGUUAGUGCACGAAAGCACACUUCCGAGCUAUGGAGUUCCAUGGUUCGAGAUGGGAGCGCCGGUGGCUCAGAAGUGGGCGACGAAUUAUGAGGAGCGAACUUGGAAGACGAUUCGUGCUUUGAAACAGGUCUUAAUUAAAACGCAAGCAGGAGCAGAGCUGUGGACAAAACGAGUGGAAUUUCGAUCUCGAAAUGGACUCAGGAUUGAGAAACACAUUAUGUAA